UCCUCCACGGAGGUGGAGAAGGAACCUCGACUGUGUGUCGCGGCUUGUUUUGACAUGGAGGAGGCGGCACCGGGUUGGAGGAGGUGUAGGAUGUGCAACUUCCUAGUGAGCUUCGCGAGCCGCACCACAUCGAACGGGCGGUCCCACAUAGUUGGUUACCACAGGGCUCAUUGGGACAUCUUGAUGCGGCUAAGGCGGGAGGGGGAAAUGAAGCUGCUCGUCGAGUACAUUGUCGACACCGACUCUGCGUUUUGCACAGUGGAGCGAGACAGUUUCCGCCGCCUCAUGGGUGAGGCCAACCCCCGGCUUGCUCGGCCGGGAGUCAUUCCUUCGCGGCACAAGCUGGCUCGUCUCAUCAUGCGACAGGCGGCACAGUGCAAGGAGUUGGCCAAGGCUGAGUUGGCGGCUGACAAGGGGGUGGGUGCGAUCUCCUACACGACGGACAUUUGGUCGGCGGAGAACGACAUCGGUUUCAUGGGCGUCAGUGCGCAUUACAUCGAUGCACAGUGGACCCUGAAGCAAGCGACGUUGGACUUCAGGCCUCUUCCUGCCGGCCACACAGCGAGGAUGGUCGCCAACAUCCUGGAGGAGGUGAUCGAGGAUUGGGGGCUUGCCGGGCGGUGUAUGGCGCUCACGACCGACAACGCGUCUGUGAACGGGGCGGCAUUCAAUCUUCUCAAGGCAGGGGAUCAGGGAGAUGGGAAGACGCGCGCAACCCCCUUGUUCGGUAGGGCUGCUCACGUCCGGUGCCUCGCCCAUGUCAACAACCUCGCAGUGCAGGAGGCUAUGGGUGGGGUGCCGGAGGUGGAAGCGCCGCUGAAGAAGCUGCGCAACCUCGCGUCGCGCAUUGGCUUCUCAGUGACCAAGACGGCGGCCUUCGAGAAGGAGCAGCGUCACCAGUUCCCUGGGAAGCAACCCUUGAAGUUGAAACAGGACAAUCCGGUGCGCUGGGGCUCCACCCACGCCAUGCUGCGGCGAGCGAUCGAGCUCAAAGGCCCAAUCAGGGCCUUUGUGGCUAGGGAGGCAAGCGACCAACAACCGGCUCACAGGCGUCCUCCCUGCGCUCGGCCACAUUCCGGGACUCAGCGUGCUGCGUGUAGACAGCACACUCACCUGCCCUCCAAACGGCACUCUUUGCCCCAUGCUGGUUACUCCUCCCAAUGCUUUCUGCGACUCGCUCUGCCCUGAAUUCUGCAACUCCUGCGUGCAAUAUGGCACAG